AUGGGCAGUGAAUCAGUGCCCAUCUCUCUAUCCCACGCUGACGCGGCCCACUGGAACAGGGAGUUAAUGCUUGAGUUCCAGGCCGUUUUGGAGAAGGACCCAGCGGCGGACUUGAUGUCAAUGUUCUCUGACGCUUACCUCCAUGAGCAUCAAAAAGUUCAAGACAGUCAGCUGUCUUAUGCCGGGAGAAUCAACCGCCACGACCUGCGACAUGACCCGGAAGCCAACCUGCUAUCAAACUUCCCGAAGAACUAUACUCGUCGAAUUACAAUGGCGCUUGGAGCGAAAGCCGCGUCAAAGGAGAAACAAGAACAUGAGGUAAAGGCGCCUGAAUUCAGAGAACUUCACCUCGACCGUGCGGAGACUGCCACAGUCAUUUAUCCGUUAUCCGAUGAAGUUGUUGCUUUGCUUGCAGGAUGUCCACGACCGGACGGGGAUCAGUUUUCGCUCGGUGACGAGAAAUCGCUCGUAUCAUCAUUGAGAACGCUGCUUUGGAACUCACCACAACUCUGGCAAAGUCGUGUAAGAGGCAUGGUGGUUAAGUGCAACGAAAACAUUAUUGCCAAGGUCAUAACAGGGAAUAGGGACUAUACGGAGUACACUAGCAUGCAAUUCCUUGAGAAGCGGGCGCCCCAAAUUCCUGCCCCGAGACCCCAUGGGCUGAUAGCAUUUGGCCCUUUUCGUGUAAUAUUCAUGUCAUAUGUUCCCGACAUGACUUUGACCCAAGCAUGGCCUAACCUGUCACAUGAGAACAAGCUGUCAAUCCAGCGCCAGCUUGAUAAUAUAUUUCGCAGUCUAAGACAAAUCCGACAGGAAGAGGGCACUAAUAUGCUUGGUGGAACUUGUGGAGAGGGAGUCAAGGAGCUUACGGUCGACGAAUGCGCCCUGUUCAAAGGCAUCACGACAACAAAAGAAUACAGUGAUCUACAAUUCUCCGCUCGACAUCAUGGAAGUGCCACUUAUGUUGGACUUCUGCGCUCUUUGCUGGAACAUGACACCUCGACACUGGCACAUGAAUCGGUCUUCACCCAUGGCGAUGUGCGAACUGAUAAUAUAAUGGUGAAGCAGGAUCCCGGUUCUAGCGGCCAAUAUAUUGUCACUGGAAUCAUUGAUUGGGAGGACAGUGGCUUCUAUCCGUUCUAUUAUGAGUGCACUGCGCUGACACGUACUAUGAGCCUGGUGGACGAAAAUGAUUGGUAUCUGUAUCUGCCGCAGAGCAUUUCACCGUCGAACUUCCCUGUGCGUUGGCUGGUUGAUCGGCUUUGGCAUAUACAUUUACGGACUACAUAA